CUCUCAUUACUCUUGAGCUAAAAAUCAGCUUGUGUGUUGCGAUCAACGACAAAAUCGACAAUUCCCCCGCUAAACACAGUAAUUCCCCAAUAAAUCUUGAGAAAGAGUAUAAACACCCCCUGUGUCGGAGCCCUUGAACUCCGCUGAUUCACGUAAUUCCGCGAAAAAAUCACUUGAAAAAAUUGCGUCGGUAAUUUUCGAUCGCGAUCUGUACCAAAAGGCAGUGCGAAAAAAUAAAUCGAUGAGCGUCUCGACAGGUACCAUGGCUAGUGACGAUGAUAUGCAAGACGUUCCACUCACAUCAGUUGAGUUUGAAGUAUUUGGGAAAGUUCAGGGUAAGUCUCUAGGGGGAUGUUAUUUUACAAAAUACACGAGAGAUCUGUGUCGAUCGUUGGGGAUCGGUGGAUGGGUGAAGAAUAGCAAAAAUGGGACCAUCAUGGGAAAAAUGCAAGGGCCCAAGCCGUAUGUCGAGCAGAUGGCACAUUGGCUGACAACAGUGGGCAGUCCCGGAUGCGAAAUCCAUCACACGGAAUUUACGAAUUGGGAGACCAUUAGACGAUCCUCCUACGGUACCUUCCAGAUACGAUUUUAAUGGGAAUCGCCAAGUGAUUUACCAAUAAGAGUUAAGAUAUCACGAUCUGAACGAACGAAUACAAUGAUUACCUUAUUUUAGAUUUUUAUUUUCCUCUGUAAUUAUUCCGUAUUUUUUGUUAAUUUAAAGGUGGUUUAUGUAUAUUAAUCAAGAUUAUUUAGAUACCUCACGACAGCUGCUAUAGGGAUAAUAUUUACGUGCAUAGUAUUGAAGGUGCGGUAAUCUAGGUACUGAAAAACGAGGAUUGUUUAAAAGUUUAAUUCACUGUUGGUCGGGAAUAACCAAUGGUAAUAAAAAUAUCUCACGGAAAAAUUAAUAUUUACAAAAAUAUAUAUAAAAUAUUUUUAAUUGGCCUAAUUGAUUGGAAAAAAUAUUUUUUUAUUUGAUUUUUUUCUUAUUUUUCUAAUUCAUUGGUUCCGCCGAAGUAUUUUCCUGUUAGCCCCCCCUCUCCUCUCUCCAUAUCUGCAGACAUAUAUCUCAUAUGUAUUUCUUAUCUGUUAUCUAACAUUUGAAGAAUAAUUGGAAAAAAUAAAAAACUUAUUUUUGUUUUUUAAA